CCCGUUUUUUGAGAGUGGUUUGGUCCGGUUCAACAUCUGAACCUUCCCCGUGCUUCUCAAACGGUCCUUCAACUCACAACAUGGCGAGUAUUCAAGUCGCGUCCCGUCUCCUCUCUAAGAGGGUGCUGUCUAAAACAAAAGCAGUUCCUGCUGCUGCAGUUCAGGCUUCCAGGAACUUUCACUUCUCCAUCUAUGGCAAGAAGAAAAAUGCCAAAGUAUCAGAUGAAAUCUCUACCCAGUACCCAGUUGUGGAUCAUGAGUUUGAUGCUGUGGUGGUAGGAGCUGGAGGAGCAGGACUUAGGGCAGCGUUUGGCCUGUCAGAGGCUGGCUUCAACACUGCCUGCAUCACCAAGCUCUUCCCCACUAGGUCUCACACUGUUGCUGCACAGGGUGGGAUCAAUGCAGCUCUGGGGAACAUGGAGGCGGAUGACUGGAGGUGGCAUUUCUACGACACAGUGAAGGGAUCUGAUUGGCUGGGAGACCAGGACGCAAUCCACUACAUGACAGAACAGGCUCCUGCAGCUGUAGUGGAGCUGGAGAACUUCGGCAUGCCAUUCAGCCGCACAGACGAUGGGAAGAUCUACCAGAGGGCAUUUGGAGGUCAGAGUCUCAAGUAUGGGAAGGGAGGCCAGGCUCACCGCUGCUGCUGUGUAGCAGACAGGACAGGACACUCACUACUGCAUACACUUUAUGGACGAUCGCUUCGUUAUGACACCAGUUACUUUGUGGAGUACUUUGCCCUCGACCUGCUGAUGGAAAAUGGAGAGUGUAAAGGAGUGAUUGCUCUCUGCAUGGAGGACGGAUCCAUUCACCGCUUCAGAUCCCAGAAUACCGUCAUUGCUACUGGGGGUUAUGGAAGAACGUUUUUCAGCUGCACAUCUGCCCACACUAGUACAGGAGAUGGAAAUGCAAUGGUGACCAGAGCUGGCCUGCCCUGCCAGGACUUGGAGUUUGUACAGUUCCAUCCCACUGGGAUCUAUGGAGCCGGUUGUCUGAUCACAGAGGGCUGCCGUGGUGAGGGAGGGAUCCUGAUCAACAGUGAGGGAGAGCGCUUCAUGGAGCGCUACGCACCCAACGCCAAAGACCUGGCCUCCAGAGAUGUGGUGUCUCGCUCCAUGACCAUAGAGAUCAGAGAGGGCAGGGGUGUUGGUCCAGAGAAGGACCACGUGUACCUGCAGCUUCACCACCUGCCUCCCCAGCAGCUUGCCUCAAGGCUGCCUGGUAUCUCCGAGACGGCCAUGAUCUUUGCUGGAGUCGACGUCACUAAAGAGCCCAUUCCCGUACUUCCCACUGUUCAUUACAAUAUGGGUGGAAUACCCACAAACUACAAGGGACAGGUGAUCACUAAUGCCGACGGAGUUGACAAGGUGGUUCCUGGACUGUAUGCCUGCGGUGAGGCGGCGUGUGCCAGUGUCCACGGUGCCAACAGGCUGGGCGCUAACUCUCUGCUGGACCUGGUGGUGUUCGGCAGAGCCUGCGCCCUCACCAUCGCUGAGGAGCACAAACCUGGAGAGAAACUGUCCCCUCUGCAGCCCAGUGCUGGAGAGGAGUCUGUGGCCAACCUGGACAAGCUGAGGUUUGCCAACGGAAGCCUGAGAACCUCCGAGAUCAGGCUCAACAUGCAGAAGACCAUGCAGGCCCAUGCUGCAGUGUUCCGUACCGGCUCCGUUCUGAAGGAGGGAUGCGACAAGAUGGAUGCCAUUUACCAGACUUUGGAUGAUAUCAAGACCUUUGACAGAGGCAUUGUUUGGAACACCGACCUGGUGGAAACAUUGGAGCUGCAGAAUCUGAUGCUGAACGCUGUUCAGACCAUCCACAGUGCUGAGCAGAGAAAGGAGAGCAGGGGAGCCCACGCCAGAGAGGACUUCAAGGACCGUGUGGAUGAGUACGACUAUUCCAAGCCCCUGCAAGGUCAGGAGCAGAAGCCCUUCGAUCAGCACUGGAGGAAACACACUAUGUCCUACGUUGACCCUAAGACUGGAAAGGUGACCCUGAAGUACCGCCCUGUUAUUGAUCACUCUCUUGAUGAGCAGGACUGUGCCCACGUUCCUCCUGCCAUCCGCUCCUACUAAGAAGAUCUCCUCUCCUUUUCCUCACCUCACAUGCAAAUUACUCAUUAUUAUUAUCAUAUUUACUAUUUAUGGAGAUACUAGUCCUGUAAUAGAGAUGAUGACAUUUUUCCAUUUACAAUGGUUAAAUACAAGACUGUCUUAUCUCGAAACUAUAUCCCUUUGUGUCACCGUACUGUUCCUCUCCUACAUUUGUGUUUUGCUUUGAUUUAAUGUGUUUGCAGCUCAUCGAUGUCAACAUGGUUCUUGUGACCUCUCACUCUGUGUGAGCUGGUCUUGUAUAUAUCAUAAGGCACCCAAGACAAGACACUUUUUUCAGCCUCCAACUGAAGGAACAAGAGAGCAGUUCAGGUGUUUCAGGCCUUUUGGGAUGACCCAAUACUCUCAUUUCCUUGUCUUGCAUUGCAUUAAACGCUUAAAUUAUAACUCCUCUGCUUUGGCUUUCUGAAGUGUGGAGAUUGUGGAAAUGAUUGUAUUUUGAAAUGCACACAGAGGGAAGUUUUAAGUUUGUAAAUAUUGCAUAAAUGUACAAUAAAUAUGGCGAGAUAUGCUGUAUGUA